AUGGAAGAAAAUUUAAUAUCAUGGAUUUUAAAAGAAGGUGAAGAUAUUUUUAUUAGAGAAAGAAUAAUAAAAUCAAUAAAAAAGAUAUCAGAUAGUGGUAUACAUAUUACAAUUGAAUCACUUUUAAAAUUUUUAAAUAAAAAAUCAAAAACCAUUUUUUUAAAUGAAAAAGAAAUUGAUUUUAAAGAAUCAUUAAAAUUAGAAAUUGAAAAUAAUGAAUUAUUAAGUCAGUUACAAUCAUUGUUUGAAAUGUAUGAAAAUAUAAAUACAAAUAUAAUUUGUUGUAAUUUUGUUUAUAAUCGCACACAUUUAAUAUUUAAAAAACAUAUUAAACAAGUAAACAAUGGUUUCAAUUCAAAAAAUCGUACCACUGAAAAUAGUCAAAUGAAAACAGAAAUGUUGGAUUCAAAAUCCAAUAUAUUAGAUUCUUGUUUUCAUAUUAUUGAUAACAAUAAAAAUUUGUUAAUUAAAAAAGAUACAUUAUUAAAAAAUAAUAACAAUAAUAGUGGUAAUUUAUUUUUAAAAAUUUGGAGAAAUAUAAUUAUUAGAAAUGAAAUUUUAAAAUAUAUGAAAUUAUUUAAAAUUCAUCAAUUUAAAAUGAUAUUUUCAUCAAUUUCCAAAUUGGAUGCAUACCCUUUUAAAGAAUAUCUAUAUAAUGUACAAUUGGAAAUUGGUGGUGGUGAAAGAAAUAAUGAAGUUUUCAAUUACCAACAUGAAACAAUGGAAAUAAAUGAUUAUUUAGAAAAUAAUUUACCAGAUUCAAUAUCAGUAUUGAAUAUUAUUGAUUUAAAUAAAGAAUUUAGUAAUGGUUAUUGUAGAUAUAUCAGACCUUCGUCAAUACCUUGUUCUGUAAAAGUAUUGAACUUUAUAAAACAAUCUGACUACUUAAAAUCAACAAAAUUUUGUAACUUGAUCCAAUUUAAAAAUAAUAAAAUCAUUGAUAAUAGUAGUAAUAAUAAUAAUAAUAAUAAUAAUGUAUUUUUAGAGAAUGAAAAGAGUGCAUAUGUAAUAAGUAAUAGUGAACAAUUGAUACCUUAUGGAGUUGAUUAUGUGAAUUAUGAAUUUAAUUUAGAGGAAAGAUCAUUUAGCUUUAUAACAUUUAAUAAUUUACCAAACACUGUAAAAACAUUAGAAAUUAAAAGAAAGUUACCAUCGAAAUUGUCUUUGGAUUUUUAUGAAGACUCAAUAUGUUUAUUACCAAAUACAAUUAAGGAAUUAUCAUUUGAUUUGGUAUCAAUUUUAAGACCAAAUUUUUUACCAGAAUCAAUCACUGAAUUAUAUUUAGGUAAUGCACAUAAUGUUUAUACAAAUGAUGAAUGUUUGAUUGAAAAAGGUAUAUUACCACCACAAUUGAGAAAACUUAAUCUUGGUGGAUAUUCAAAUGAAAUUAGAGAGGGUAUAUUACCACCAACACUCACAAGUUUAACAUUAUGUACUACCUAUAAAAAACCAAUUAAACCAGGUUGUUUACCACAAUCUUUACAAUAUCUUUCUUUUCAAGGUGAUGUUGUUACUGCUACUAAUCAAAAGAGUAGUAAGGAUGACGAAUUUUCAAAUAGCGAAUCAUCAUUUUCAAUUUCAUCAUUAUUUUCAAUAGUUAAUAAUUUAAUAUUUAAUUAUAAUUUAAAACUACAAUACGAGUUCCUUAUUGAAGGUUCAAUUCCAAUUGGGCUAAAAACAUUAAAACUUUCAAGGAAUCAACCUUAUCAAGAUAUUCUUGUCAAAGGUAUACUAACACCAUCUCAUAGCUCUUUAACAAGUAUUUCAAUAUUUGAUUUUAAACCACUCCAACUUCAUGGUGAAAGUGUAUCAAGUAUGAAUCAAAAGAAUAAAGAAAAACUUCAAAAAUUAAAAACACAAUUUUUUAUACCAUCAUCUGUAAAAAAGUUUGUUGGCUCAAUUGAUGAUUAUUGCCAUCCAGAAAUAAUACGAUUUUUACCAUUUACAAAGGUUAAAUUCUUUAGCUUCAAUCCACAAUUCCAAGAGUUUUCAAAAAGUGUUAAAUCUCUUUAUUUUAAAUAUAUUUUAAAUUUUAACCCAACAGCAUGGCCAUCAAACGCAGUUACAUCUCUUACUUUAGACGGUCAUAAUAUAGAUGGUUUAGGUUUCUUUCCACAGUUUUUAACAUUUUUAGAUUUAACAAAUGAUAUCUUUUUCUCAAUGAGUAAUGUACCACUUGAUACCUUUUUUCCCUGUUUGAAAACCUUAAUAUUAAGUAACUUGUUUCAUGAUGAAAUUGAUAUUGAAUCUUCAUUUCCAAAUCUAAUAACCCUUGUUGUUGGAAAUGCAACACCCAAAUUAGUUUUACCCACAACAACAACAACAACAACAACAACAACAACAACAACUAAUUUGAAAGAAAUUAUUGUAUUCAACACAAAUAUCCAAUUUAUAAAUGAUAAUAUAUUAAAACUUCAACCUUUUAUAAAAAUUUUUAAUCAUUCUAUAAAAAAAAAGAAUUUAAAGAAUUUAUUUUUAUCAAAAAUUAAAUAA